AUGGCCCAACCUCUCCCCUCGGUAACAGGCACAUCCACCCACCAGAUUUCCAUCCUCCUCAUCAACCCUAACUCCACCUGCUCUAUGACGCUUUCCUGUCUGCGCUCCCUCCAUCAGACCCUCCCCCCAACCGUUACCGUAACCGGCUUCACCGCACCUCCCACGGCCCCCACCGCUAUCGAAGGCCGUCUGGACGCAGUCCUCAGCGCCGCGGAAUGCGUGCGAGCCCUCAGGCCCCACGCCUACAAUUACGAUGCCUUCCUGGUCGCCUGCUUCAGCGCGCAUCCCCUCAUCCCCGCCCUGCGCGAGGAGUACUCCAUGCCCUGUAUUGGUAUCAUGGAAGCCGCGCUUUAUGCGAGUCGCAUGUGCGGCGACAAGCUGGGCGUGCUGUGCACGAGUGCUAGGAGUAAAGUUCUGCAUGAGCAGAGCAUUUCCGCUACGUAUGGGUUGGGUGCGUUCUCGGCAGGGACUGAGGCGGCGGAUGUGGCUGUGCUGGAACUCGAGACCAAGCCGCGGGAGGAAGUGUACGCGAGUCUAGUCGCGGCGGCGCGGAGACUCGUCGAGGAGAAGGGGGCGGAUUGUGUGUGUUUGGGGUGUGCGGGCAUGACGGGUAUGAGGGAGGUAUGCCAGGAGGCGGUGGAGAUGGACAAGGGGAAGGUUAUGGUUGUCGAUGGGGUCACUAUUGGUAUACACUUUUUAAUAGGUUUGGUCAGGGAAGGUCUGACCACGGCCAAGGCAGGAGCAUACAAAAGUUCAAGACUUGGUAGGGAAAAUCGAGGGCAGAUGGUUAUAUGAUGUUCACGAAGUAUUCCAUCGGAUGCCACAAGGGUGCUUGUACCCAUGGGUGAGUAAGUAACAAAUCAAACUCUAGUUCUACUUGAGUAGUGUCGAUAUUGUGCAAUUCUACCUACCUAGUCGGCGUGUUGUUGUAGCAAUGUCGAACGGGGGGCCGAACGGGGGGCCACGCCAUUAUUGAUAACAUGAAGUGUACGGGACUUCUG